UGCUUGCUGCUCCUGGCUAUCUUCCUUUUGACGCAGCCAACGGGGCAGAGCAGCGAGGAAGGGCCGGCAGUUCCGGCGCUGAUGGUGUUCGGCGACUCGCUGGUGGAUGUAGGCAACAACAACUACAUCUUCACCAUCGCAAAAGCCAACUUCCCUCCCUAUGGCAGGGACUUCAAAGACCAUGUCGCCACAGGAAGGUUCUGCAACGGCAAGCUGCUUAUCGAUUUCAUAGCUGAAAAGGUUGGGUUCGAUGGCUCUCCGCCAGCAUAUCUCAGCCCAGAAGCAUCAGGACAGAACCUUCUUCUUGGAGCUAACUUUGCGUCUGCUGCAUCUGGCUACAAUGGCCAUGGGACUCUGAUUAGAGCCAUCUCUGUCUCUCAACAAUUGAAGUACUUCAAAGACUACCAAGCUAAGCUGGCGGUGGUGGCUGGGAGCAGCCAUGCUCGCUCCAUCAUUCGGGGCUCACUCUACAUCAUCUGCGCCGGUUCAUGUGACUUUGUCUACAACUAUUACAUCAACCCUUUCCUCGACAUGAACCAAACCGCUGAACAAUUCUCAGACCGCCUCGUCAGGAUGUUCAACAACAGUGUGACGCAACUUUACGACAUGGGAGCCCGACGCAUCGGCGUGUUCUCCCUGCCACCCUUUGGUUGUUUUCCCAUGGCGAUCACGUUGUAUGGUCAUGGGAGGAGCGGAUGUGUGGCUAGGCUCAACAACGACGCCCAGUAUUACAACAUGAAGUUGAAAGCUGCUGUUGACUCACUAUCAAAGAAGUACCAUGAUCUCAAGAUUGUGGUUCUCGACAUGUAUACACCUUUCUACAACCUCGCUACCUCUCCUGUAUCGCGAGGGUUCACCGAGGCGAAGCGGGCCUGCUGUGGCACAGGGACGGUGGAGGCGUCAAUCCUUUGCAACCCCCUGUUACCUGGGACUUGUCCGAGCGCACAUACAUAUGUGUUCUGGGACGUUUGGCAUCUGUCAGAGGCAGCAAACAAAGUUAUUGUGGACUCUCUCGUAGAUGAAAUCAACAACCUGGUUGCAUAAACCCACUAGAUUGUACAGUAGACAUGCAGGCUUGAUGCUACAUUGCUUCAAGUAUCCAGAAAGAAAAUAAUAGCGGUGGACUAUGAUGUGAAAAGGGCAUCAACAUUCACCUUGCAUACCAUGUCAAGAGGUUGUGGUUUAAUUAAGCAUCCAUUUUUUUACUA